AAGGCAGAGUCGAGGUGAAUAUGAAUGGAACAUGGGGGACAUUGUCAGGAAAAUUAAUGUUUGAAAAGAACACCCGUGAAGCAUUAAAUGAAAAGAAAAUACAAACGUUCCGAUACAUCUGCAGAAAAUUAGGGUUUCCUGACUACCUGGCAAGAGAUGGAGGCUUUCAAUAUGGUCCUGGCAGUGGACCAAUAUACAUAUUACAUCAAGAUUUCAUUAACAGGACUAUAUUUUAUGCUGAGGACUGCUUCAAACAUUUUUAUUAUAGUAGUACCAUAUGCUUGCAUAAGUAUGAUUUAAGUAUAUCGUGUGCACCAAUGAAGACCCCAGACUUUGAUUGGAAGAUUGACAAUGCUACUCAGCUGCUAUUGGUCCACAGAAAUCAGAGCUGGGGCACAAUUGAGCGACCUUAUUGGUACAUUUUUAACAUUAAAGGAAAAAUAUACGAAUAUAUAAAUGGACAUAUUGUCUGUAAAACGCUUCGUCCGAAAAUGACUGAAACAGAGAGUAUUGAAAAUGUGACAUUUGCAGUUAUUCACGUACCAAGCCAACCAGAGCAGUAUCUCCCUGCUUCAAUAUGUACAAAACAUCAGAGAAAAAACCUUUGCUCUUUUAAAAUAAGAAGACAAACAGAGUUUAAUAUUGAAAACUAUAAAACAACUGUCAUAAUGGACUGUCAGCAGGAAAUACCAAAGAGGAUAAUGAAGAAGGAGUUGCGACAAUGUGUGACUGUAUCUGGCCCAAAUCAGUAUUACAGACCUGGGAUGAAAGAAACAUUUAAAUGCCCUCAUUUCUAUGACAUUCGAUCAUUAAAUAUUACCCAUGCUACACCUUAUGAAGUCUUUGGUGAUGAAAACUUUUGUGAUAGCAUACCAACUAACACAUGCAUCAAGAAAUACACUGGACAAUAUGCAUAUGACGGAGUUGAUAAAUAUGUAGCAUAUGUCACAGAGAAAUGCAAAGAGGGCAGAAUAUGUUACAGUUUUGAGCUUCAUCAACAAAGAUACCUGUAUAAAACAUGCCAGAAUGAACAUCACUUAGCUCGUAUUGUCACAUAUGAAUGUGUUCCAGUGAGCAAUUGGACUCAGAAGAUUGUUUUCUAUGGCUUUCAAAAGACAGGAAAAAUGCAUAUGCAUUAUGAAAGGACAGAAGUGAUAUCGAAUCCUCCACUACACGACUGGUUUAUAACUGAUUUAAAUGGAAAAAGCAUGAAACAGGUGGCCCAGAUGAUAGCGUGCGAUCAAUUUAAAGUCAAAAGAGCUCCCAUACACUAUGCUGCACAUCCAGGACCCGAGAUCUCAUUUCCCUAUCUCCUUCUACCAGUCUGGGUAGUCUACCUAAAAUGUAGUCCAUUUGCAAAGUCGUUGAGUGAUUGUUCAAUGGAACAAUUGGAUAAGGAGAGAAGAGAAAUGAUCAAACAGAGAAGCAGGCGAUACCAAAGGACACACAGGUUUUUCAAAACAGGAUACAAGUGUGAAGAAGAUACACUAGAGCCAGAGCUGGAAUCAUGUGCAUCAACAAGCGGAGGUAUUUUCACAAAUAAAAAUUUGCAAGAAAUUAAGAUUGCAAGCAAUAUUACAGAGGUCCCCAUAGGUGCAUUUGACAAGAUGAAGAUCAGUCAAAGGUUAAAUCUUAAAUAUAAGGUCAUAUUAAAACUCCUGGC